GUCAGAUCAGCGACCCAGAUCGAUCUCGACCAGCGUCGGCCAGCAUCGACCGGCCUCGAACACCCCGACAAGCCCGCUCUCGGCCAUGCGCUUCGCCCUACUCCAGAACAGCCUGUCGCUGCUCCAGAACCGGCUGGCUCCUCAGAUCCGCGAAUCGGCAUCUCGAUGGGCAAGCUACUCCACAGCCGCCUCGGAGCAAUCCAUCCGUCGGCCGGAGAGCCCAGCCCCCACCAUCCCAGACACCCCUGGAUCCGCCCUUGCGCAAGACCCGACCUCGGCCGAUGCCUGGAACAGCCGCUACGUCGUCCACAUUCUUGCCAACCGCAACAACACCAUCGCCACCUUGGCCAAGCGCGACGACGGAAAAGUCAUCUGCAUCGGUACGGCGGGACUUUGCGGGCUGCGAAAAGCUGCCCGAGGAACAUCGGACGCCGGCUAUCUGGCGGUUUUGAAAAUGACCGAGUUGGCGGCCAAGAAGCUUGGCGAGGACGAGCUGAAGCGGGCCUCGUACCACCUCAAGCUGAAGAUGUUUGGCCCGGGCCGAGAACAGGCCUUCCGCGCUUUGCAGAGUGUUGGCUGGAGAAUCUCCCAAAUCACGGAUGUGACCCCGGUCCGUCACGGUGGAAGUCGUCCACCAAAGAAGCGGAACCUGUAAUCAAUCAUUGCUCCCUCCUCUCUACGACACAACCCUGCGCACUCUCCAAAACAUUGUCUGCUGGGGUCGCCACUGCCGCGCUUGGUUUGGUGCAGCGGAUGAUGCAGCGGAUGAUGCAGUGGAUGAUGCAGCGUAUUGCCCUACGAUCACCGCAACGAAGCCUCUGGCACGGAGCAGCCCUCGACCACAAUGCUCGAUACGUGUGUAACCCAUUCGCUUGCGCUGUUUUGUAAUCUCACGCAAUAUACGAUCGCCUGGGCUUUUGCAUAACC